AUGCUGAGGUCGCGCACUUUGGGGAACAGUGCGUCACAGACCUACAGCAAGCUGUGUGAAAGUCACAGCGAGUCCUGGAUGCGGUGUUGUAUACGGUACCUCGGGGAGUGCAAGCAGUUUCUGGCCUUGGGCAUUGGGCGGCAGUUCACUGAUCCACCGGAGAUGCCCCCGGUGCCCUCACCCGUCUUGCUUCUGACAGUCUACAACCAUGACGUGCUAUCGCGGCUGGACGAGGUGAAGGCCAGGGUCACCUCCGUCUUUGGGACCAUCUUAAAGAUGGACUCUACCAAGAAGGUGACUAAAAAGCUUGCGGGUACCGCUGCAGACACGGCCGCCUGGGUUACCAACGUCGGGCGAGGGCCUGCUCCCCAUGGCGGCUGGUCUCAUGGAACGGUACCGGCUGGCCGGGGUGGCGCCCCCCCCCAGCUCAUGUACGUGGACCGAGACUGCUGCUCCAGCUUCGGCGGAUCAAAGACAGCUGCCAUGUUCAAUGACUGGGACCAGCUGGUGGUUCGGCUGGACAUCUGGCACCUGAUGGGGCGGUUCGCGUCAGGCGUCACCACUGAGAGCCACCAGCUCUACGGUCCCUUCAUGCGGCAGCUGUCAGCCUGCAUCUUUGAGUGGGAUGCAGGCGAUGUCCGCCGACUGCUGAAGGCCAAGAGGUCUGAGAUGGAGAGGAAGCACGGGAUGGUCGGCCUCACCGAGGCAGAGGUUUCGAGGAAGAUCGGCAGGAAGGAGAUGGCACUUCACUGCCGGCGUCGUACGCGUGGAGCUGCGGCGACCGAAGUCCUUCUCCUUGACCUCCUCGAGACCUUCAACAGCGAGAAGGGGGUCGACACCCUGGGCAUCCCGUUGCUGGACUCCAUCCGCAUUCAGGCGAUCUGGAAAGAGCAGAGACGCCACCUCCACUGCAUACAGGACCCACCCGGUGUACAGCUGUACACCGAGACCGGCAAAAUCACCAAGGGCGGCGUGAUGUUGCCGGUUUAUCGCUGCGCACGGGGCUCCACAUCCUUGGAGUCAUUCCACCUCCACCUCAACCGGUUCAUCCCAGGUACCAAGGCAAAUGCAAUGCAUUUCCAGGCAUUCCUGUUGGAUGGACUGGUGAGGUGGAACGAGGACCGUGCGCGGGCGGCAGUGGAGGGAAAGAACAGGAAGCCCCUGCUCUCCUACAGUGGCCACCUGCAGCACAUCCUUAACCUUAACAGCCAAAUUGUGCUUGGCAAGGAACAGGUUAAGGACUACACCAAGCCUAGCGAGUACACAGGGGAACUCCUCGGAGUGGAGUACCUGUACUCGCAGACUGGCAGAGUGCUGCAGGAUGUCAGCGCGGACCCUGACCUUCCGGAAGAGGCAGCCGCCGUCGAGCAGCUCGACGAGGAGGACGAGGGCUUUCAGGAGGAGGAUGUAGACCAGACAGUCCACAUCCCCCAUGUCCCUCCUAUGAGCGCCCCGUCCUCCAGCUCAGCGGCACCUCUUGUCAGGGGGACCUGCUGACGCACCCAGGUCUGGGCCAUCCAGUCCCACCGCCCCUGAAGACGGAAGCUCUCCUGAGGCCCCUGGUCGACACAGUUCUCCUCACCCUGACCACUCCUCUGAUU